AUGCUGCCAGCACGCAUUUUCCGUUCGGCGAGCCGCAGUCUGCAGACCUCCGCCACCGCCUUCAACGAGGCCACCGACGCGAAAUUUGCCCCGACCUCGAAGCAAGUCGAUGAGCUGUUCAAGACAGAGGAUAGCGAUCAGCGAAGACCGCGCGCUAGUUUCAGUGUAAACAAGCUGGAGCUGGCCGGACACGUGCCGAUGGAACCGCAAAUCAAGCAGCUCAACAAUGGGAGCGAGCUCGUCCGUUUCCCGAUUGCCACCAAGAAUCCACGCACCCAAACCGACAACCACGACUUCCACUGGGUUGAUGCUCUUGGGCAAGUCGGCAAGUACGCCAAGGACAACGUCAAGAAGGGAUCGCAAGUCCACUUCAUCGGCCACAUCAGCUACGGCGAGUGGCAACCCGAGGGCGCCGACAAGAAGCGCAAGAUCACCCGCUUCACCGCCGACUUCCUGAGUGUCAUGAAGCGCGCCGGCCAACAACAAGAG